GUGAAAAUUCUGCAAUCUCUACUAGUCUGCCUUCAUACAAACAUUUAUUUUGAUUAUAAUAUCAAGAAUGAAGCGGACGAUAAGCAGCGAAGAGUUCAGUGUCCUCAGUGACUUACACUGAGAAUAAAAUUUGCUCAGACCAUCGAAAUAAAUUUAGUUGAACAUUGGUUGGCGGGGAUAUGUAAUGGAAGUCACUUCUGAUCACUCCGUUCGUUUGGCGUUGUUUGAGUUUUGGGUAUAACUUGAUUCAUGUAAUCCUACUGGGAGUCCGAAUAUCCUUGUUUUGUUGUGUUUUAGACCAUAAAACAUUGAUCAUAAGGUCGUUUAUUGGAGUUGCUGAUCUACCAUUUACCAACAGCGAACUCUACGGUGUAAUCAUAAUGGAUCAACCUUUAUUUUCCUGCACAAAAUGCCUGCGAAAUUUCCCACAGUCUGAAAUGUCCAGAUCUGGACAAACAUGCAAAGGAUGCAGUCCUCACCACUCUACAUUUAAACAAUGUGAAUAUUGUAAAUCUGACUUCAAAUACCGUGUUUGCGGCGGUAUCUGCCCACGCUGUCAAUCUCUUAAAAGCAAGUACGGCGAGCCCCAGCCUUGUUCCAUAUGCAAUUUAAAAACUGCUUUUGGUAGUGCUUUGGUUUGCCAGAGGUGCUUACACUACAGAAACAGAUUCGGUGAGCCACGCCAGUGUCAUUCUUGUGGAGAUACCUGUGCCUUUUUGAAAGAUGAGGCUAGCCGAGAGAAAGUUGAUGGACAGAUUCUUUGUUGGGUGUGUACAUACAAUUUUAAAUUGGCCCGAUCUAGAGAACGCUCUAUUCAUGGAUUCAAUAAACGCCGACAUGAUGAUUAUCAGCUCUCAACUGCGAACCGUUCGAGAUCAAGUCAUAACUCUCUUAAAAAAACUUGUACUGAUGGGUAUGGAACAAGGCAAACUGACACACAGGUGCAUUUACAACAGGCUCUAACUACUCAAGCACUAAGCUUAGAUUCUGUGUACAAUGAACACUUACUUACUAUAAGCCAGUUACAAGAUGAGAUCAAAUCACUCAAACGUCAAUUAACACUUAAAGACUUUGACUUGUUAACUAAAGAUCGUACAAUAGCAGAACUACGCUCUGAAAUGAUUGAAGUAAAAUCAAUGAAUGAGGAUCGUGUCCGAAAAAUAAAAUCAACUGCACAACUUGAACAAGAUCGGUUGCUAGCUACAAUACGCCAGUUACAAAAAGAGAAGGCAAUGGUUAGUCAUAAUACUAAACGUCGUAAAAUUAAUAACAAUCUGUUAAAAAUUACAAACCGACAUUCUUUGUCUUCGACAGCCUUAUUCAAUCCAGAUUCGCCGCUUAGUUUGGGCUCUGCGAAACGAGUUACCAAGCCUUCAGUACUUGAAAGCCAACGUAAAGAACGCGGAGGCGAAGAAACAAUGUCUUACUCAGAUCGAAUAUCGAAAAAUACACUGGACUCAACAAGUUCAGUUAAAAGGCAACUUACACCUGACAGUAUUGGUGUACAGAUUUACGACGAAGACUCAAACUUAGCACCUCAACGUACAGUUACUUCUGGUGUCAAACAAAACAACUCAAGUUCACCAAAUAAUACUCCAAGUAUAUCAUCCGAACCUCCUACAGAUGAAGAAGAAACAUCUCAACCGUAUCAUUAUGAUCUUCAAGAAAUAUCUGGAAAAAACCCUCUUGGGUUGGAUACGCCAUCGGAGUCUGAAAAUGAAACACCCGACUGAGACUCUUCGUAAACUAUCAAUAUUUUGACUCUCCACUUCUGUUUCACAUAAAAAACGUAGGCAAUUACUUUUUUUAUAACACACCACUAGUAAGACUUUUAAUUGUCAAGUGGUCUGUUUUUAUAACGUCAUUGUCACAUUCAUUUUUGCUUAUUGGCUUGAUUCAAUCAUUCACACACUUCUUAUAUGGAAAGUAUGACAGUUCUGUUUGUUUUAUUUAAUUAGUUUAGGAGGGAGUUAAAUUUCACUCCCUCUAAAUAUAAUGUCAUAUACUUGUAUAUUCAAUUAAAUGUAUCAUGUUGUUUCUACGUUCUACAAACAAUUCAGAAUAACUAAUUGUUUGUAUAUUAUCUAAAAACAAGUCAACUCACAAUAAAUAUAUCAUUUGCAGAUUU